UUCCACGGCUAGACGAGGAACUGUAUCUAAUGAUAUGCUUCCUUGUCUUACUGAUAAGCCAUAUGACCAUGUCACCUCGCAUUUGAGUGAAAUUCAGUCCACUUCUGUGACUCAUACAUUUAAACUUGCCAGUGAAAGUUUUAAAGAUGAACCAGAAGAAAAAUCAGAAACCCAACCCGAUUCUUCCUACGCUGGCUAUUGGUCCAUGAAUGACAUGGCCUGGGAGAAUGUGGAAAAUAUUUUUCCACAUAUUGCAUCAUAUAUAGCUGAAAAAGCUCAUCAACGAUAUACACCUGUGCAGGCAUCGGCUCAGACAGAAAAAAAUGUGAGAAGCAACGAUGAUGAUGAAGUGACUUAUGAGAGUCAUGGACCCAGUUCCAUUGGUUUGCGCUCUUGCAGUGAAAUGGUGCAAGAGAAACCUGAGCACAGAAGAAAGGAUUCUGCCAUUUCAGAGCUCAAGCUUUCUCCCUGUGCACCCCCACGGCUAACUGUAAGAAGUAUUUAUGCCCUAAAUAAGAGAGAAUGGCUAAAUAUUGAAUUCCUGGGUUCAGAGAAGACCAAACCUUUUGACAGCAUGGGUCAAGCAAGAAUGGCAUCAAUUUACUGGGCCCAGGAAAAAACUGUCACUGUUGUUUCUACUAGUAGAACAACAACUGACGAAGACUUCUCAGUUUACUGGAGCCACGAGAGAUCGACAAUUAUUUAUUCCACGGCUAGACGAGGAACUGUAUCUAAUGAUAUGCUUCCUUGUCUUACUGAUAAGCCAUAUGACCAUGUCACCUCGCAUUUGAGUGAAAUUCAGUCCACUUCUGUGACUCAUACAUUGAAACCUGCCAGUGAAAGUUUUAAAGAUGAACUAGAAGAAAAAUCAGAACCCCAACCCGAUUCUUCCUACACUGGUUACUGGUCCAUGAAUGACAUGGCCUGGGAGAAUGUGGACAUUCCUGAAACACAGAAUGGGUUUAUUUACAGCACACCACACAGCAUUGGGGCUGGUUUUCAAGCCGCCAGAAGAAGAGCUGAGGCUGCUAUAACAUGGCUCGGAACCACAAUUACAGCUCCAAUUAUGAUUGUGAUCUAUAUGUUCUACAUGUUGUAUCAAGUCUUUAAGAACAUCGCAGCCCCAUUUGUCAGGACCUUUUAUUGGGCAAGAGACAGGAUUCUGGUCAUUUUUCAAGAAGCCAGAAGAAAAUUUCAGAUGCAACAACAAAAUGAGGCAGCUACAAUGUGUGCACCUUUGAGAUUUACAGUGGCUGCUUUCACUGUGAUUUUCAUGUUCUACAUGUUCUAUCCACUCUUUGAGACCCCAGCAGGUCCAUUUCACACAACCGCUUGCUGGGCAGCCGACUGGGUUCUGGCAGUUUUUCAAGAAGCCAGAAGAAAAAUUCUAUUGGGACAACAAAUUGGGACAGCUACACUGUGGCCAACAUUGAAAAUUACAAUAGCAGCUUUCACUGUGAUCAUUAUGUUCCACAUCCUCUAUCAACUCUUUGUGAACAUCGCAGCUGCAUUUCAGACAACUGUUUACUGGGCAACAAACAGGAUUCUGGCAAUUUCUCAAGAAGCCAGAAGAAAAAAUCUUAUGAGGCAAUACACUGGGACAGCGACGCAGUGGGCAACAUUGCAAAUUACAGUAGCUGCUUUCACUGUGAUCUUUAUGUUCCACAUCCUCUAUGAACUCUUUGUGGAUGUCGCAGCUGCAUUUCGGACAAUUGUUUACUGGUCAAUAGACUGGAUUCUGGCAGUAAUUCAAGCAGCCAGAAGAAAAAUUCAGAUUGGACAACUAAUUGAGGCCUGGGCAACCUGGGUACAACCACAACCUGGGCAACGUUGAGAAUUACUGUGGCAGCUUACACUGUGAUCUUUAUGUUGCACAUGCUCUAUCAACUCUUUGAGAAGGUCACAGCUGAAACUUUUUACUGAGCAAUAGACUGAAUUAUGGCAGUUUUUCAAGAAGCCAAAAGAAGAAUUCAGAUUGGAUAACGAAUUUGUGCAGCUAUAACAUCAACAAUACCCAAGAUUUCACUCUACAACUGAUGAUGACUUCUCAGUUUACUGGAGCCAUGAGAGAUCAAUAAUUAUUUAUUCCACGGCUAGACGAGGAACUGUAUCUAAUGAUAUGCUUCCUUGUCUUACUGAUAAGCCAUAUGACCAUGUCACCUCGCAUUUGAGUGAAAUUCAGUCCACUUCUGUGACUCAUACAUUGAAACUUGCCAGUGAAAAUUUUAAAGAUGAACCAGAAGAAAAAUCAGAACCCCAACCCGAUUCUUCCAACACUGGCUAUUGGUCCAUGAAUGACAUGGCCUGGGAGAAUGUGGAAAAUAUUUUUCCACAUAUUGCAUCAUAUAUAGCUGAAAAAGCUCACCAACGAUAUACAUCUGUGCAGGCAUCGGCUCAGACAGAAAAAAAUGUGAGAAGCAACGAUGAUGAUGAAGUGACUUAUGAGAGUCAUGGACCCAGUUCCAUUGGUUUGCGCUCUUGUAGUGAAAUGGUGCAAGAGAAACCUGAGCACAGAAGAAAGGAUUCUGCCAUUUCAGAGCUCAAGCUUUCUCCCUGUGCACCCCCACGGCUAACUGUAAGAAGUAUUUAUGCCCUAAAUAAGAGAGAAUGGCUAAAUAUUGAAUUCCUGGGUUCAGAGAAGACCAAACCUUUUGACAGCAUGGGUCAAGCAAGAAUGGCAUCAAUUUACUGGGCCCAGGAAAAAACUGUCACUGUUGUUUCUACUAGUAGAACAACAACUGACGAUGACUUCUCAGUUUACUGGAGCCACGAGAGAUCGACAAUUAUUUAUUCCACGGCUAGACGAGGAACUGUAUCUAAUGAUAUGCUUCCUUGUCUUACUGAUAAGCCAUAUGACCAUGUCACCUCGCAUUUGAGUGAAAUUCAGUCCACUUCUGUGACUCAUACAUUGAAACCUGCCAGUGAAAGUUUUAAAGAUGAACUAGAAGAAAAAUCAGAACCCCAACCCGAUUCUUCCUACACUGGUUACUGGUCCAUGAAUGACAUGGCCUGGGAGAAUGUGGACAUUCCUGAAACACAGAAUGGGUUUAUUUACAGCACACCACACAGCAUUGGGGCUGGUUUUCAAGCCGCCAGAAGAAGAGCUGAGGCUGCUAUAACAUGGCUCGGAACCACAAUUACAGCUCCAAUUAUGAUUGUGAUCUAUAUGUUCUACAUGUUGUAUCAAGUCUUUAAGAACAUCGCAGCCCCAUUUGUCAGGACCUUUUAUUGGGCAAGAGACAGGAUUCUGGUCAUUUUUCAAGAAGCCAGAAGAAAAUUUCAGAUGCAACAACAAAAUGAGGCAGCUACAAUGUGUGCACCUUUGAGAUUUACAGUGGCUGCUUUCACUGUGAUUUUCAUGUUCUACAUGUUCUAUCCACUCUUUGAGACCCCAGCAGGUCCAUUUCACACAACCGCUUGCUGGGCAGCCGACUGGGUUCUGGCAGUUUUUCAAGAAGCCAGAAGAAAAAUUCUAUUGGGACAACAAAUUGGGACAGCUACACUGUGGCCAACAUUGAAAAUUACAAUAGCAGCUUUCACUGUGAUCAUUAUGUUCCACAUCCUCUAUCAACUCUUUGUGAACAUCGCAGCUGCAUUUCAGACAACUGUUUACUGGGCAACAAACAGGAUUCUGGCAAUUUCUCAAGAAGCCAGAAGAAAAAAUCUUAUGAGGCAAUACACUGGGACAGCGACGCAGUGGGCAACAUUGCAAAUUACAGUAGCUGCUUUCACUGUGAUCUUUAUGUUCCACAUGCUCUAUCAACUCUUUGAGAAGGUCACAGCUGCCAGAAGAAAAAGUCGAAUUGGACAAGUAAUCGAGGCAGCUAAAACCUGGGCAACAUUGCAAAUUACAGUAGCUGCUUUCACUGUGAUCUUUAUGUUCCACAUCCUCUAUGAACUCUUUGUGGAUGUCGCAGCUGCAUUUCGGACAAUUGUUUACUGGUCAAUAGACUGGAUUCUGGCAGUAAUUCAAGCAGCCAGAAGAAAAAUUCAGAUUGGACAACUAAUUGAGGCCUGGGCAACCUGGGUACAACCACAACCUGGGCAACGUUGAGAAUUACUGUGGCAGCUUACACUGUGAUCUUUAUGUUGCACAUGCUCUAUCAACUCUUUGAGAAGGUCACAGCUGAAACUUUUUACUGAGCAAUAGACUGAAUUAUGGCAGUUUUUCAAGAAGCCAAAAGAAGAAUUCAGAUUGGAUAACGAAUUUGUGCAGCUAUAACAUCAACAAUACCCAAGAUUUCACUCUACAACUGAUGAUGACUUCUCAGUUUACUGGAGCCAUGAGAGAUCAAUAAUUAUUUAUUCCACGGCUAGACGAGGAACUGUAUCUAAUGAUAUGCUUCCUUGUCUUACUGAUAAGCCAUAUGACCAUGUCACCUCGCAUUUGAGUGAAAUUCAGUCCACUUCUGUGACUCAUACAUUGAAACUUGCCAGUGAAAAUUUUAAAGAUGAACCAGAAGAAAAAUCAGAACCCCAACCCGAUUCUUCCAACACUGGCUAUUGGUCCAUGAAUGACAUGGCCUGGGAGAAUGUGGAAAAUAUUUUUCCACAUAUUGCAUCAUAUAUAGCUGAAAAAGCUCACCAACGAUAUACAUCUGUGCAGGCAUCGGCUCAGACAGAAAAAAAUGUGAGAAGCAACGAUGAUGAUGAAGUGACUUAUGAGAGUCAUGGACCCAGUUCCAUUGGUUUGCGCUCUUGUAGUGAAAUGGUGCAAGAGAAACCUGAGCACAGAAGAAAGGAUUCUGCCAUUUCAGAGCUCAAGCUUUCUCCCUGUGCACCCCCACGGCUAACUGUAAGAAGUAUUUAUGCCCUAAAUAAGAGAGAAUGGCUAAAUAUUGAAUUCCUGGGUUCAGAGAAGACCAAACCUUUUGACAGCAUGGGUCAAGCAAGAAUGGCAUCAAUUUACUGGGCCCAGGAAAAAACUGUCACUGUUGUUUCUACUAGUAGAACAACAACUGACGAUGACUUCUCAGUUUACUGGAGCCACGAGAGAUCGACAAUUAUUUAUUCCACGGCUAGACGAGGAACUGUAUCUAAUGAUAUGCUUCCUUGUCUUACUGAUAAGCCAUAUGACCAUGUCACCUCGCAUUUGAGUGAAAUUCAGUCCACUUCUGUGACUCAUACAUUGAAACCUGCCAGUGAAAGUUUUAAAGAUGAACUAGAAGAAAAAUCAGAACCCCAACCCGAUUCUUCCUACACUGGUUACUGGUCCAUGAAUGACAUGGCCUGGGAGAAUGUGGACAUUCCUGAAACACAGAAUGGGUUUAUUUACAGCACACCACACAGCAUUGGGGCUGGUUUUCAAGCCGCCAGAAGAAGAGCUGAGGCUGCUAUAACAUGGCUCGGAACCACAAUUACAGCUCCAAUUAUGAUUGUGAUCUAUAUGUUCUACAUGUUGUAUCAAGUCUUUAAGAACAUCGCAGCCCCAUUUGUCAGGACCUUUUAUUGGGCAAGAGACAGGAUUCUGGUCAUUUUUCAAGAAGCCAGAAGAAAAUUUCAGAUGCAACAACAAAAUGAGGCAGCUACAAUGUGUGCACCUUUGAGAUUUACAGUGGCUGCUUUCACUGUGAUUUUCAUGUUCUACAUGUUCUAUCCACUCUUUGAGACCCCAGCAGGUCCAUUUCACACAACCGCUUGCUGGGCAGCCGACUGGGUUCUGGCAGUUUUUCAAGAAGCCAGAAGAAAAAUUCUAUUGGGACAACAAAUUGGGACAGCUACACUGUGGCCAACAUUGAAAAUUACAAUAGCAGCUUUCACUGUGAUCAUUAUGUUCCACAUCCUCUAUCAACUCUUUGUGAACAUCGCAGCUGCAUUUCAGACAACUGUUUACUGGGCAACAAACAGGAUUCUGGCAAUUUCUCAAGAAGCCAGAAGAAAAAAUCUUAUGAGGCAAUACACUGGGACAGCGACGCAGUGGGCAACAUUGCAAAUUACAGUAGCUGCUUUCACUGUGAUCUUUAUGUUCCACAUCCUCUAUGAACUCUUUGUGGAUGUCGCAGCUGCAUUUCGGACAAUUGUUUACUGGCCAAUAGACUGGACUCUGGCAGUAAUUCAAGCAGCCAGAAGAAAAAUUCAGAUUGGACAACUAAUUGAGGCCUGGGCAACCUGGCUACAACUACAACCUGGGCAACGUUGAGAAUUACUGUGGCAGCUUACACUGUGAUCUUUAUGUUGCACAUGCUCUAUCAACUCUUUGAAAAGGUCACAGCUGAAACUUUUUACUGAGCAACAGACUGAAUUAUGGCAGUUUUUCAAGAAGCCAAAAGAAGAAUUCCUGUUUCUUCACCUUUGAGUGAAGAAAUUUCUAUUUGGAUUCAAACACACAAAAUUAAUAAAACACCACCAACAGAGUUGGACGUUUUAAAAUCAAUAAACACAAUCAAUUGGA